AAGUUAUUAUUUCUCCUUCUUUAUUACGCUCUGUAUUUAAUGCAAUGACAAUCUAUCAAUCAACUCCAAUCAGUUGUAUUAUUUUACUAUUAACCACCAUGAAUUUACUGUUGAAUAUAUUUUUUUCUACCACAUGUGCAAUGUAUACAACGAUUUGAUGGAAAAGUGAAUCAUCUUUGUGUGUUGUGACGUAAUUGUAAAUUUCUUAAAUCACAGUGGCUGCAAAAUUAAUGAGUGAAAUGGAGGAAAAAAGUCUUGUUGAAAAAUGACGUGGUAAGAAAAGAUUCAUCCGCAGAUAAACCUGCAAAAACUACAGAAUUGGAGAGCAAAGAAUAAGUUAGAGAGCAUCACUUCACAAAAAGAAACAUUGAAAAUAAAUUUCAAACGACUUCUGCAUAAAACGAGAGAAGGAAAACCCAAUCCCAGUUGCAAUUCUGAAAUAUCUUAUUCUCCACAAUUAGACUAACUGGAAAUGGAAGACAGUCAGAAGACGGAAGAUGUGUGGCACAGAGGGAAAACAGAUAAUCGUAAUGAAAUAUUCAAUAACGACAGUGCAGCUGGUUCUGUUGAUACAAAUUCUACAUCAUUAGCUGACAUUUUUGAUACUGCAUUCACGUCAACUGCAGAUCCAUCACCUCAGCGAUGCCCAACAGGUACUGAGAUGGAAUUCGAUCAUUUAUUUGCCGAGUCCGAUAUCGAGGAGACAGACUCCCAAAAUCGAAUCGAGCAAUUGACAAACCCAGCGAAUCACUCAGAGAGCAGUGAUCAGUUCGAUUAUCCAUCAUAUGCGUCGCAAAAUACAACUGUGGAGCGGUAUCUGUAUGAACGAAGACAAGCACGCGUAAAUCAUCAAACUAUCCGCGACUCAGGAUUGUGUACCAGAUUGUACGAGAGUUUUCGAAUAAGAAAUAUGACGCCUGAAAUUGAGGAAACUGACUCGCGAAAUCGAGUUGAGCAAUUGACAAAUCCAAGCAAUCGUCCAGAAGCCGGUGAUUGUUUUCCCUAUCCAUCCUAUGCAUCGCAAAAUACAACUGUGGAGCGAUAUCUGUUUGAGCGAAGACAAGCCCGUAUGAAUCAUCAAAAUAUGCGCCAUUCGAGAUUCUGCAUUGAACCGUACGGGAGUUAUCGAAUAAGAAAUAUGAUGCGAAAUAGAGAAUUAUCGUUGUCAACACGAUAUAAUAGAAAUGAGCUGGACAAGCUACCGGUGAAUAACCCUCAGAGGGAUUUUGUGAGUACUGCAGGACCGUCGAGGAUUAUUGACGUACCAGUCGAUUACAGUAUUACGGGAACUGCUAAUAAUUAUCCGGGCAAUACGAUUGCUGAAAUCAACAGUGGUGAGUCAGUCGUCAGUGAUUCAGCGCCUUAUCAGACUCAUCCGCAGUCAGUUGCCAUCUCCCAGAGUGUAUCACACCCCAAUCGCCAAUCUGACGAUACGCCGUCGGCGCCUGAUUUGCAACUAGAUUGGUCCACUUCCAGUAGCGAGAGUGACGACGAAGAUGAUUCAGUCAAAGUAUUGGGGACAAUUAAUGCUAAUCAGAAUGGAGAUCAAGAGCAGGAGCAACGGAAGCAGGCAGUGCCUGUUGUUGAUUUAACUGCUGAAUCUGAUGAAGAACACGCUGAUCAAGCGAGUUCCAGUCAUACUUUGCAGCCACAAGUAUCGGGGGUACAGAGACCAAGGAAACAUAUACAUUGUGCACAUGCAAGUCAUAAUUUCAAUCGGAUGCGGCGGAUGAUGCAAUCACGCUAUCAUGUAUACCAACGUCAAGACCAUCGAUCUCUGUAUGACAGACCGCCAAAUGCUGGUGGUAGCACAGGCUAUCAAAUACAUCCAAUUCAUCAGCGCAUCUGGCUGCGCCAGCAGAGAAUGCAAGAAACUCAGCGGCGCACAUUGUACUCGAGAUUAUCGGCUCUACGGUAUUUCCAACAACAGCAUCAGCAGCAGCGACAGCAGCGACAGCAGCAGCAGCAGCAGCAGCAAUCACCAUCAGACCAACAGCCACCACCAGCUGCUCAUCCUGGGGCAUACCAAGCUGAUCGUUACAUCGUUGAUUCCAGUAAUCCAGACGCACUUCCACCACCCAGAAAUCCUUGCUUGAUCAAUAACAACUCAAGCCAACCGCAUAAUUACUCAAGACACCCUGAAUUACCACUGCCACAGCAACCAACAGUCUACAGUCAUCCAGAGGCCAGUGGCCCAACUGCACUAGUCAGCAUUGGCAAUCAACCACCUUAUCCAGUCCCACUUGUGCUAAAUGAAAUGAGAAAUGACGACAUUGAGAACAGCCAGGCAAGUGAUAAUAUACCAACAAUACCAGUUCAUCAACAUGUUCAUCAUCACAUGUAUCACUGGUCACCUAUAACACCCUAUCCUUAUCAAACAACGUCCAUGGCCAGAAUGCCACAUUUACAUAUUAGUAUUUCACCUCAUAUGCCGAACAAUGUGUCGACUGAGAUAGCACCGUAUCCAGUACCACUGCCAGAAUUUGUAUUGCAGCAAGCUCGACAUAUAACGGCAGGCCUCGAAAAUUAUAUGAGAAUUGUUGAUUUACGACGUAUGUCGCAUAUUAAUUGUGGAGCAACUCAAGAGUCUAUUGAGAGUCACACAUUCCCUCAUAAAUAUAAACUGGUUAAGAAGUUGGAAAGUGGUGAGGAUAUGGAAAAAUGUACAAUAUGUCUGUCGGAAUUUGAGGACUGUGAGAGUGUUAGAAGACUGCCUUGUAUGCAUUUAUUCCACAAAGAUUGUGUUGACCAAUGGCUAUGUACCAACAAACGGUGUCCAAUAUGUCGUGUUGAUAUUGAAACUUUUCCACGCAAAGAGUUAUCUGCAACUAUUUAGCUUAAGAUCAACUAUGACCCGUUAUAUUAUUAUUAUUAUUAUUAUUAUUAUUAUUAUUAUUAUUAUCCAAUUAAUUUUUUGGUGUAUGGAAACACGAAGGACAAUGAAUAAUUCAGCUCCAAUAGACACUUGCUCACGAGUUGUCAAGAAAAAAAAAAUUGAUAGCAAUUGCAUUUUAUCUUUCAUCAAACAGAUCUAGUACUGAACUUUAAGGAGCAAGAAAAUAUAAUAUUUUCGAAGUAAAAUUAGGGUAUAUAGCAAUUUUCAAAUUGUACAUGCUGAAGAUAAUUCAUGGUUCUCUUUCCACUACCAUAUUACAUAAGGGAUUGGUCAGUUUAAUAAUUCAAAGACUGUUAAAUUGAGUAAUAGAAAAUUGCAACUUCUCCGAAAUUCAAUCGAGUAGACACUUUUUUUUUCGCCUCUUGAUAAACGGCAGAAUAAUUUUAAAUAUUCAAUAUUUUCUGCAUGUGAAUCGAUUUUUUUAAAUUAAAACAUUUUAAAGUCUUUGGACAAAUUGUCUGAACAAAAACUAGUCUUUAUUUUUAAUUUAUAAUCUCAUCUGCUACCUUUACGGGUGAUUUAAUAUGCUUCAAUUCUCAUUUGGCAUGGAUUGCCGAAUUAAACACUUGCAAGGCUCCGGUGAAAUCCAUAUCAUUAAAAUUUAUUAACUUUUCAUUCCCAUAUUCUUUAUAUAGCUACGUUAUUUUUAUGGAAAUUUGUCAACAAAUUGGAGGAAAGAUAUUAUUAAUAAUGAUAAUGGAGUUUUCGGAAGUUGAAAGGAAUUAAAUUUUCCUUUCUCCGUUGAGAGAGAGGAGAGCAGUGACAAAUUGACGUUUUCACCUGUAAAUCACGUCUUAUAAACAAUUUUCCUAAGUGUGUAGACUUAUCGUCCCCUAGAUAGUUGAUCUUGUUGAAUAAUAUAAAAACUCAAUCAAUGGAAUGAAACAAUUCAAGUAGAAUUAAAUCAAAUCAAUCAUGAGACAAUUAGUAUGAUAAAGGUGCUGAUUUUUUUUCUACAUAUAUUAUAAGCGUCAUUAUUACUAACAUUGUUAUCAUUAUUAAUAUUAUUAUUAUUUUUAUAGAUCAUUGUGUAAUGCCAACAUCUUUAGGAAUGAAACUACCUAUUGAUUAAAUAACAUUGUCAGUUGAUGACGAUGACAAUGAUAAUAAUAAUUUUCUAUUCAUCCUAAAUUCCAUAUCUUUAAUUGUAAAUAUCCUGCUAGCUAGUGUAUUAUUGAUUGUACUGGUUUUAUUGUUGAAUUAGGAUAAUAGAAUAAACGUUAUACGGAAUA